GCCGAGGAGGGGUCCAGCACUAGAAGGAGAUGAACAGCUUUCCGCCAGGACUGCUGAAUCCCGGCGUGUCAACGUCUGCGUCCGUUGCUACUGCUGGUUGGUGCGUCCGACUUCUCGGCGUGGAGUGUCCGACCGGACGGGAGCUGAUUUUCAAUGUCUUCUUCACGGGUUACGGGGUGUGGAUGCUGUUCCCGCUAAGCAUAAUCCUGCUGCUAGUCUACCGGCUCGUUGGACCCCCCGAGGUGUGUAUGGCUCGUGAUUUGCGCUGUGAACAAAAGUGCAGAUAG